AACAAAACAAAAUCAAAUCCUCUCUCUCUCUCUAAAAAGCAAACUCUUCAUUUUCUUUCUCUCUCUUGCUUCAUGAAUGGCAUACCUGACUCUUCCUUAGCCGCCCUUUCUAUUUCUUCAUAACAACCACACCUUAAAACCCUUUUUACCUUUGCUCUAUCUGGGAAAGGAGCUGCAAGUUCAUUGCUAAGUAAGGAAAUAGUGAAUGGAUUAGUGUUCUUUCUGUUGGGAGAAUUGGAUUUUUCUGUAUUCAGUUGAAUGAUUGAUAUCUCUGCUUCUUGGUUUUGACUGGAGACCUUCGAUGCUGUUUUGGGAUAAGGGUGAGUGAAGAGAUUGCUCUUGGAGUACUGUUGUUGCUAAUGGCAGAAGACGGCCUACGUCUUGGUGGAUUUUCUUCUGGGUUGGCUGUGGUAUUGAAUGGUGAAGAUAAGAAGGAGAGUUCCCAGAAAACUCGUCUUGUUUCGUAUUGUGAUGAUUUUGGCGAUCAAUCUUUGGAAAGAACCCUUGAGCACAUCUUUGAUCUUCCAUACAAGUCUAUUAAGCCACUCUCUUGUUCGAUAGAUGCUAAAGUGGUUCGCUCAGUUAUAAAGAAUGAAUUCCUGAAGUACCGGAUAAAUCAGAAGACUGGUACAGACAGAAAAAGAGAAGGGGUUUUGACUGCUGGUGAUGGUUGUAAACAUCAGGUUAUUCGAAUAGAGGAAUCAAGCAUCUGUGGUGAUAUUCGAAUAGUCAAACCGCCUUUGAUCGUGGAGAGUCAUUCUCUAUUCAGCAGUGCAAGGGCCAAUGCUUGUGUCUGGAAAGGGAAAUGGAUGUAUGAAGUAACUCUUGAAACUUCUGGUAUACAACAGCUAGGCUGGGCGACACUUUCCUGCCCAUUCACUGAUCAUAAGGGUGUGGGUGAUGCUGAUGAUUCAUAUGCAUAUGAUGGGAAAAGGGUCAGUAAGUGGAAUAAGGAAGCUCAGGCUUAUGGUCAGCCAUGGGUUGUUGGUGAUGUGAUUGGAUGUUGUAUUGAUUGUGAUGGUGAUGAGAUAUCGUUUUAUCGAAAUGGCGUUUCACUUGGUGUAGCAUUUAUUGGUAUUCGUAAGAUGGUACCUGGAUUGGGAUAUUACCCAGCAAUAUCUCUUUCUCAAGGUGAACGUUGUGAGUUAAACUUCGGGGAAAUCCCUUUCAGGUAUCCAGUGAAAGGAUUCUUUCCCAUUCUGCCUCCACCAACAAGAAGUUUACUUGCUACUGAUUUGCUUAAUUGUUUUAGAAGGCUAAUUGAAAUGCAGCGUGUGGGAAGGGCAGAGUUCAGUUCUGUUGAGAAAUUGCGAAGAUUGAAAAGGUUUGUGUCGUUUGAAAAACUUUCACACCCUGUCUCUCGUGGGAUAUGUGAGGAGGUACUCUCUACACUUUCUGCUGAAGAUGGAAGCGCACAGUAUGCAGCUUGUGGUCCACUUUUAUCACUGAUAAUGGAGGUCUUUAGGAUGCAUCCUCCACAUGACUAUACGAGUUUGGACAGCAUACUUGAUUCUUUCCUAGAGUUCCCAGAGUCGAGAAUUUUGUUUGAACAUAUCAUAAGGUCACUCUCGACCUUUUGUAAAACAGCACCAUUGAGCCUUACAGAUUGUCCUUACUCAGGUUCAUAUACAUAUCUGGCCUUGGCAUGCCACAUCUUAAGGCGAGAAGAAGUGAUGAUACUGUGGUGGAAAUCUUCAGAUUUUGACCUCUUGUUUGAAGGGUUUUUGUCGCGGAAGAGUCCUAACAAGCAGGAUCUUCAAGGUCUGAUGCCUUCUGUAUGGUGGCCUGGCUCGUGUGAGGAUAUGUCAAAUGAGGCUAGCCUGGUCCUGACUACAACUGCUCUGUCAGAAGCAAUUAACAAGGUUGAAGAGAAGCAGAGGGACCUCUGCCGCCUUGUAAUGCAGUUCAUGCCACCCACAUCACCACCUCAGUUACCUGGAUCUGUAUUCAAGACAUUCUUACAAAACAUUCUACUUAAAAACAGGGGUGCAGAUCGAAAUUUGCCACCGCCUGGUGUUUCAAACAAUUCUGUACUUGUUUCUUUGUUUGGUAUCAUACUCCAUUUCCUCUCUGAGGGGUUUGGGGACAUCUGUGGUUGGAUGAAGGACUCUGGAGCAUCUGAUGUUGGUUUCCUACACAGAGGAGGCCAGCAAGCUUUUCCUCUAGGCUUGUUUCUCAAGAAUGAUUCUCAUCGAGUUGAUAUUCCUAGGCUUGGUGGUUCAUAUAAUCACCUAGCAAAGUCCCAUCCUAUGAGUAGCGAGCAGCAUGAGGAAGUGAUUCGGUGGGAAGAAGGGUGUAUGGACGAUGAAGAAGAUAGGGUUACACAUCUAAGUAAGCAGAAGCCGUGCUGUUGUUCUACUUAUGAUGCUGAUUUUACAAGAAUAUCCAAAGAUCCUAUCAGACACAUGACAAAAGGUUCACGGGGACAUUGCAGCUCUAUUCGUGAGAGGUCUGCUCAUGUUGCUGCAGAAUGCAGCACCAGUAGUUUGAAUGAUGACAUAGCAGAUAAACCAAGCACGAGUGACCAGUCCGAAUCAGAGUAUGGCUUCCGUCCUAUGCAGCAAAUGAGAUAUGUUCCCAGAGAGAACAACGUUUCUUCAGCAACACUAAAAGAAGAGGAGCUACUGGAUACCAUGCUUUUGUUGUAUCAUUUAGGUCUUGCGCCCAAUUUCAAGCAGGCAUCAUCGUAUAUGUCUCGGCAAUCACAGUCAAUCUCUCUUAUGGAAGAAACUGAUAAGCAGAUCAGAGAAAAAGUUUGCGGGGAACAUGUAAAGCGCCUGAAGGAGGCUCGUAGUGUAUAUAGAGAAGAAGUAAUGGAUUGUGUCAGACAUUGUGCUUGGUAUCGUGUUUCUCUGUUUUCUCGGUGGAAGCAGAGGGGAAUGUAUGCAGCGUGCAUGUGGAUUGUCCAGUUGCUUUUAAUUCUUAGCAAAGAGGAUUCAGUCUUCAUCUAUAUUCCUGAGUAUUAUUUGGAAACUUUGGUGGACUGCUUCCACGUACUUCGUAAAAGCGACCCUCCGUUCGUCCCUGCUACAAUAUUUCUCAAACAAGGACUCACAUCCUUUGUUACUUUUGUUGUCACCCACUUCACUGAUCCAAGGAUAUCGAGUGCGGAGUUGCGAGAUCUUCUUCUGCAGUCUAUAUCUGUCUUGGUGCAGUACAAGGAGUUCUUGGAUGCUUUUGAAUGCAAUGAAGCUGCAAUGCAGAGAAUGCCCAAAGCACUACUGUCUGCUUUUGACAAUAGAUCGUGGAUUCCUGUAACAAAUAUACUUCUCCGGCUGUGCAAGGGUUCAGGUUUUGGUUCAUCGAAAUAUGGAGAAUCAUCUUCCUCUUCAUCAGUUAUAUAUCAGAAAUUAUUGCGGGAGGUUUGCAGGCAUGAUGAAGAACUAUUUUCUACUUUUCUGAAUCGUUUGUUCAACACUCUGAGCUGGGCAAUGACGGAAUUUUCCGUUUCAAUUCGCGAGAUGCAGGAAAGUUACAAGGUGUUGGAGUUUCAGCAAAGGAAAUGCAGUGUCAUAUUUGAUCUAUCAUGCAAUCUUGCAAGGGUGUUAGAAUUUUGUACCCAUGAGAUACCUCAAGCGUUUCUCUCUGGGGCAGAUACAAAUUUGCGUAGGCUGACUGAAGUGAUCGUCUUUAUACUAAACCACUUAAUUUCUGCAGCUGAUCCGGAUCUUUUUGACCUAUUCCUAAGGCGUCCAGGUCAGUCCCCAGAGAAAGUGCAUAAAGGCAUGAUUUUAGCACCUCUUGCUGGAAUCAUUCUUAAUUUGCUGGAUGCUAGCAGGGAGUCAGAUACUGGACAGAAUGACAUGGUUGGGAUUUUUGCCAGCAUGGACUGCCCUGAUACUGUAGUCUCUGGAUUUCAGUAUCUUUUGGAGUACAAUUGGGCUGGCUUAUUCAGGUGUGAUGAUUAUGUGAAAAAAAUCAGGCAACUGGACAUAUUUCAAAGUCUGCUUAUCUGUCAGUCAGAGGUGGUGGAACUUGAGAGAAUAGGAUAUGGGGGUGAAACAGAUGAUGACAGCAUCUGCUGCAUCUGUUAUGCAUGUCAGGCAAAUGCUGAAUUUUUGCCCUGUUCGCACGUUUCUUGCUUUGGCUGCAUUUCCAGACACUUACUGAAUUGCGAGAGAUGCUUCUUUUGCAAUGCAACAGUUUUAGAAGUUCGCAGGACUGAUGUAAAUGCAGGUUGAGGUCAUUUCUCAAACUUGGAAGAGUAAAGGUGGACUAGGAGGUUGUGGAUAGACAUAGGCUAGUACUCAGUUGUCAGCUGAGGGCUAUGAGCUGUGAAUUUUGCUCGAUGAGUCCCAUAGAGAUGCAAGAAAGAUCGCAGUAAAAGGCGAAUACUUUCAGCCAAGCUAUUAUUUAGGCAUUACAAUUAGAAUAGAAGGCAUAAGCUUUUGGUAUAUUUAUCCGAGUAGAUGGGAUGGGAGGGCAGCAUCCGCUCUGGGUAGAAGUUUUUGUAGUGGAGGCAAGGGCAUUGUUUUGUGAAUAUAUGAGGUGUCAAUUUGAAGAAAAUCUUUUUCUUCUGUUCAA